AUGCACGCACGCGCUGACGAGAGGGUGGGAGAACAGAAGGCCGGUGAAGAGAAAAGGGCUUCCGCGUCGAUGGCCUCACCGUCGAUGACCUCACCGUCGAUGACCUCACCGUCGAUGGCCUCACCGUCGGGAGGCCAGCAGCAAGCUGGCGUCGACGAGACCACGCGCCUCCUAACGCGCGACUCGAGCCAGAGCGACCAGGCCGACCAGGUGCGGCCGUCCGUUGGCGGCAAGCGGUCGAUGAGAUCGAUAUACAACCACAAUCACCACAAUCACCACGGUCAGAACCGCAGCCCGUUGCCGGAGCCGGCGGCCUCCGAGGGCGAAGCGGAAACGGUAGGUGGAAACGUGGAGGCUACUGGGCGUCAUGAGCAGCGUCCAUGGUGGAGGAGGCCGCUGGGAAAGUUCCAGUCGAUUGAGCUGGAGAACAAGGGCAGCGUCGCUCGAGAUCAUCUCGCCCUCGAACGCACCUUUCUGGCUUGGCUGCGCACGUCUCUGGCCUUUGCCUCGAUCGGCAUCGCCGUCACGCAGCUCUUCCGGCUCAACACGUCGCUCUCGGACGGCACCAGCAACAGCACGCUGCGGCGAAUGGGCAAGCCUCUCGGCGCCGCGUUCCUCAGCAUCAGCAUCCUGACGCUGCUGCUCGGUUGCCGCCGCUACUUUGUCGGCCAAGAGUGGGUGAUGAAGGGCAAGUUCCCCGCGAGCAGGGGCACCAUAAUUGUGCUUGCGCUCAUGACGCUGGCCAUCAUGAUGGCCUCGCUCGUCGUCGUCAUUGUCAUCCAUCCCAAGGAAGGCAUGGAUGAGCUGUGA